AUGUUGCCUCCAGUGCCAAAUCCUGCCGACUUUGGAGUUACUGCCAACUAUGGUUUCCUUUCCCCAGAACUUCCCCUAGAGGUUCUCCCAGAUCCCUACUAUGCUGAAUGGGAAAUGAUUAUUGGGAAUCUUCAACCAUUGAUAUUGAGUAAACGUCUUCAGUCUAUGGUGGAACAUCUCCCGAUACUUUCUACCACACAUCUACAAACUGAGGCUGAGUGGCGUCGCGCAUAUGUCGUACUGGUAUUUAUACUGCAUGGCUAUGUCUGGGGUGGCAAUUCGCCCACAGAGAGGAUCCCACCUCAACUUACAGUUCCUUUAUUUGAAGUCUGUGAACGACUUGAAUUACCCCCCGUUGCCACCUAUGCUGGUGUCUGCCUUUGGAAUUACAAGCCGAUCUUCUCCGAUGAGUCAGCUACCAACCUGGAUAACCUAGCUUGCCUACAAACCUUUACAGGGUCUCUAGAUGAGCAAUGGUUCUACCUGGUUUCAGUCGCCAUAGAAGCACGUGGGGCCCCUUCUAUCCCCUUGAUGCUUCGGGCUAUCACGGCGGCCCGCACAGGAAAUACCCAUACUGUAACCGAGUGCCUGCAACGACUAGCAGAAAUCAUCGAUGAGACCAACACACUGCUGCAGAGGAUGUAUGAACAUUGCGAUCCAUAUGUCUUCUACAACCGCAUACGUCCUUAUCUAGCUGGAAGUAAAAACAUGCGUGAUGCCGGAUUGCCAAACGGUCUGCUGUACGAUGACGGUCACAAUCCCGAGUACCGGCAGUAUGGAGGGGGCAGCAAUGCUCAAAGCUCACUCAUCCAAUUCUUCGACAUCGUCCUUGGAGUGGAACACCGACCCACUGGUACCAGUCGUGGCAAUGAGCAAAACACUGAAGACGGCAUCAAAUCACGAAACAGCUUCAUCCACGAAAUGCGCACCUACAUGCCUGGCCCACAUCGACGAUUCCUCGAGCAAAUUGACUCAGUAGCCAACAUCCGGCCUUUUGUCGAGGCACGACGCGGAGACUCGGCGCUGUGCAUUGCAUACGACGCAUGCUUAGCCAUGCUACGUGUUCUACGCGAUAAGCAUAUUACUAUAGUCUCACGCUAUAUUAUCCUGCAGUCCCGCAGUGCACGCCAGCCUUCUCAUUCUGCCAAUCCAAACCCCCCAGCGAUGAACCUUGCAACCGCGGCUCCGACUGACAAGAAGAAGCUGCGCGGUACGGGUGGCACGGCACUCAUUCCUUUCCUGAAGCAAGCUCGAGACGAAACUGGAGAGCCUGCCAUUGAUGCCUGGGCACGACGGUUGCUGAGCAAUGGCCCUGCAGAUAAGAACUUUGCUUCGCUGAGCAAGGUUGGCGAACAACCAGAUGGUCAUCUUGAGGUUGUCGGUCUCUGUGGCACAUGGACAGCCGAUGAAAACGAGGGUGGAAUUUGUCACUGGUAG